AUGGAGAAUACACAACAUCAACAGCAGCAGCCGCUGCCGCAGCAGCAGGCACCACAACAGACGCACGCGCCGGUGACGACGUCUUCGGGAUCCCUCAGCCAGCCGCCCGUCAUCACGACGCCGGCAUGGAUCGUUGCCAUCCGUGCCUUUCAGUUCGUUCUCGCCAUCAUCAUCCUCGGCCUCUCGGGAGCCAUCAUCCACUGGGUUUACAUGGACGAGCUCGGUCUCUCCCUUGCAAUGUCACUCUUCACAUGGAUCAUAGUCCUCUACGCCCUCCUCACGGAGAAAAUCGUCAACUUCCGCAAGGCGUACCAAUUGUACGCCGUGCUGGCGCUGGACCUCUUCAUGUGCAUCCUGUGGCUAAGCACAAUGGGCGCCACGGCCGCCCGCCGCGCCACCUUUGUCGUCCCCGUCACGGCGUCCUGCUCCUCCGACGGCUCCGCCGUCAACUCGGGCCGCUGCACCGUCUUCAAGCGCUACAUCGUCAUGGGCAAGGGCGCCCUCGCCAUGCUGGCCGCCAUCGCCGGCCUGUCGGCGCUGCAGCUCAUCCUCUUCAUCGUCACCUUCGUCUGGACCCUCGUCGUCUUCCUCAAGUGGCGCAAGACCGGCGCCCCGGCCGCCUCCGCCGCCGCCAGCUCCGGCGAGAUCCAGCUCGAGUCGAAGCAGCAGCUCUACUCGCCUUCCGUCGAUACAACCGUCAACCAACAGCAGCAGUACCAGCAAAACCAGCAGCAGUACCAGCAGCCACAGCCACAGCACCAGCAGCACCAACAGCAACAGGAACAACAGUACCAGCAAUACCAGCAACACGAGCACCAGCACCAGCAACAGCAACAGCCGCCCUACACGACUCAAACCACCCAACACUACCAGGAGUCGUCGUCGCCUGCCCAGCAGCAGUUCCAGCAGCAACACACCGGCGGAGGCGGAGGUGAAUACACCCAGGUCUACCACUCGUCGCCGCCGCCUCAACAGCAGCAGCACCACCAGUACACGUCCACCCAGCAAUUCACCAGCCACCAUUACCACCCUUCCCCCGUCUCGGGUUCGCCGCCACCUACCCAGGGACAGGAUUUCAACAAGCCUCCUCCCCAGGAACUUCGUUGA